AUGAGACUCUCCAAAACGCCCGCCCUCCGUGCCAGCCUCCGCCCUGCCUUCCGACAAGCGCACCACAUCCAGCCGGUCCAAGCCAGGCUCGCCAGCGCCAGCUCUGGGCCGGGGGGAGAGGUAGGAGAUAAGGGUCCUGCCAAAGGGUACAACAAGGACGGCACGAACCCCAACAAGAACCUCAUAUACGCGGGGCUCGGCGCACUCGGCCUCGGAGGAGUUUAUGCCAUGUUUAUGGCCAAGCCGGACAAGGUGGCGGAGAAGGCCAAGUCAAGUUCACCGGCGGCUCGUUGA